GGUAUAACGCUAAAAACAAAACCGAGACGAGAGACGAGCAGAAAACCGCGACAAGCAAAUAAAAAAGCGUGUGAAACGAAAUGGAGAGUACAAUCUUUUCUUCACAUUGAUAUGGUGCGCGAACAAGUGUAAUGCGUGUUGUGUACCGUCCCUUCGGAUCGGGCCCGCAAACCACGCUCUGUCAGGCCAGCCAAAAAAUGACGUUGUUGUACAGGUGGCAGGAAAAAACCCACGAAGAUAACGACUCCUGAGUAAAUUUUUUGUGUGUGAAAAGAUGACGAGGCAAAUCAGCCCGAGCAGCUGCGUUCUACAAGAACGGACGGGGGGGAGGCGCUCCCACGCGCAAACAAAACCAGGCACACGCACACGAGAAACGGUGGUCAAGCCAUGGCGACGCUGCAGGUGGGCUGUAGGGCUGAGGAAGGAGCUCGCUCGCGUCGCAUACCACGCACGCACGACAAGACAAGGAAACUAUCUACAGACGGCGGCGGCGCGACGGAAGGGGAGAAAAAAAAGGGGGGGGGAAGCGGGAAGGGGGAAAGCAGGGCAAGCGAAACGGAAGAUAAGAAAACAAGCAAGCAAGCAAGCAAGGGGAAAGGGAAGGAUGCGGGCAGCUCACCUCCAUGACCAGGUCUUUUCGCGAUGUAGUAAUAGUCUCUGCGUUUUUCCCGCGCACUGGCCUGCGCUGCGCUGCUGCAGUAGGUAGGGAAAAGACUAUGCCCUUUGGGCCGUCGCCGCCGUCGCCGCCGACGAUAUCACUACACCCA